AUGAUGAUGAUGACGACGACAUGUGCGGAUCGUCGCCCAGUGCGACAGCGUCAAGAUCUACACACCGCCAGCGAACUGGACCGUCGCAUGAAUGAUCUCGCGGCGUCUGAGUUGUAUGAACAGAUACUGUUGGGAUGUGUGCGGGCUGGUCUUGACCCUAACGCCAAGAGUGAGGCCGAAGUGUAUGAAGGUUACAUCCCACCAUCUUUUGAUGCGGCCCAAAGUGUGAAAGUGGCAGCAAAGCAGCGAAGACGACACACAGAAAUAUAUCAUGAGCGAGAAAAUAUUAUUAGAGGCUUACGUGCCUCACCCAAACACCAACAACUUUCCGCCUUUGAUCGAUUACUCACAGAAACGGAGUAUUGGACAGGAGUACGUGAAUGGGGAGGAGAACAUGAAGGGGAAAAUAAAAGUCGUCUUCGUCAUCGUUACAGUAAAGAAGGGGAAACAGAUUCCAUGGGGUUUGAUGAUAUGUUACAUCUCACUGAAACACCAUCGUAUAUUCGAGGAAAACUACGUCCAUAUCAGAUUGAAGGAGUAAAUUGGCUUUUAGGACUCUUUUCUCGUUGUAUAAAUGGAAUUUUAGCAGAUGAGAUGGGACUUGGGAAGACACUGCAAACGAUAGCCACAUUAGCCUAUCUGAAGUUUACAUAUGGACUUCCCGGACCUCAUCUCGUUGUUUGUCCAAAGUCUGUUAUGGGUAAUUGGUACCGUGAACUUAGACAUUGGUGUCCAGGACUUAGUGCCUUUAAGUUUCAUGGAUCUAGUGAUAUACGUCCAGAAUUAAUUAAAUCUCAUCUACAACCAUAUGAUAAUAUUAAAUAUGAUGUGAUUGUGACUACAUUUGAAAUGGUAUUAGAUGAAUUACCAACGUUUAAACGUAUUCAUUGGCAAUAUCUCAUUGUAGAUGAGGCACAUAAACUUAAAAAUGAGGAAAGUCGUGCACAUAAUGCCCUUGAUUCUCUUGUUAGUAAUCAUCGUCUUAUUAUAACAGGUACACCAUUACAAAAUAAUCUUAAAGAACUUUGGGCAUUAUUACAUUUUCUUGUUCCUCGCCUUUUUGAUAAUGCUGGAUCUUUUGAAAUGUGGUUUGAUACUACAAGUGGACAACAGGAUAGUAAUGCAAUGUCUAAUAUGCACAAAAUACUUGCUCCUCUUAUGAUUCGACGUUUAAAAUCAGAAGUUAAUACUGGUAUACCUCCAAAGAAAGAAAUUUAUGUUGCUUGUAGUUUAACCAAGACACAACGAAAAUGGUAUAUGCAUGUAUUAGCAAAAGAUGCAGAAGUACUUAAUAAAUCUUCAGGUGGAAAUAUGUCUUCUUUAACUAAUAUUAUGAUGAGUUUGCGUAAAGUUAUUAAUCAUCCUUAUAUGAUGGAUGGUGGAGAAGAAGGUCCACCAUUUAUUACAGAUGAACGUAUUGUAAAAUACAGUGGAAAGAUGAUUAUUCUUGAUAAAUUACUUCAUCGACUCCUUCUUGAUAAAGAAGAAAAACAUAAAGUUUUAAUUUUUUCUCAAUUUACAACUAUGUUGGAUAUUUUGGAAGAUUAUUGUUCCAUGCGUGGAUUUAAAGUAUGUCGUAUUGAUGGAAAUACUAGUGGAUAUGAUCGUGAUGCUCAAAUGGCAGCAUUUAAUUCACCUAAUAGUGAUUAUUUUAUCUUUUUACUUUCCACACGAGCAGGAGGUCUUGGUAUUAAUUUACAAGCUGCCAAUCAUGUUGUUAUUUAUGAUUCCGAUUGGAAUCCACAAAUGGAUCUUCAAGCACAAGAUAGAGCCCAUCGUAUUGGACAAAAACGAGUGGUUCGUGUUUAUCGAUUUGUAACGGAUGGUACAGUGGAGGAAAAGAUUUAUCGCCGGGCAUUAAAAAAACUUUAUCUUGAUGCGAUGGUGGUUCAACAAGGACGUAUGCAAGGACGUAAUGGUAAUAAUGUUUCUAAAGAGGAACUUCUCUCCAUGAUUAAAUUUGGAGCCGAGGAACUCUUUAAAGCAAAGGAUGAAGAUAUUACAGAAGCAGAUAUUGAUAGACUUUUCGAAGGAGAAGAAAAAUCUAAAGAAUUGAAUUCCACUAUUAAAGAACAAAUUCAAAUGUCUUUAGCCAGUUUUAAACUUGGUGCGGAGGAGGCGAAUGUAUAUGAUUUUGAAGGUGUACGAUUUAAAACUGGUGUGGAAUCUCGUAUGCUUCACCUCACUCUCACAACUCCCAUUUCACAAGAUGACUUACAUCAUCAAUGUUCUCAAUAUGGAGAAGUGACAAAGGUGGUACUUCAUCCAAACUUAACAGAAGCUCUUGUUUUUUUUCGAUCCACCAGUGGGGCAAUUGAGGCUAAAGAUAAUUUACCCUACACCUGUCAAUUUGCAGCGAAAGAUACCCAAAUGGUGGUACCAACAGAAAUGAUUACGGAAUAUUUAAGUGUGGGAGAGAAACUCGGACGUGGACAUCGUGUGCGAGAGGCCGUUCAACACUACACAGAGGAAGAAGUGGAACGUUUACAAAGUCGCGCCACGAAAGCCCCACCAUUGCGAUUACCAAAAUGUCCAAAGUUUCUUCCUCAUCAAUUAUAUAAUCUCAAACGAUUGCAGGAACUUCACAAUACGGAAGUGGCUCUCAUGGUUCAGAAUUGGAAACGGAAGUAUGAGAAUACAGGAAAUAGUGAUGGCCCCCAACAACAACAACAACAGCAACAACAGGAAAAAGGAGAAGGAACGGAUGGGGAAAAAAAUAAUGAAAUGGAGGAAGAUGAAACGUUAACAACUGUCGAGCAGGAAGAACGAGAACGACUUCUUCAAGAGGGAUUUGCAAAUUGGAGUUUCAGAGAAUAUCGUCGUCUUGUAGCCGCUCUCUGCAGUGGAUCUUAUGAUGUAACGGAUUAUCCAGGUUUAACCACCGCAGUGGCAUCUAACAAGACAGUGGGAGAAGUACGAGAUUACGUCACUGCCCUUCUUGAACGUGGGGAACAGUGUAUAAAAGGAUUUGCCUGUAUUGAAGAACGUAUUAAAAAGUCUCAGGCGAAACGAAAAAAGAAUGAAGAUGCCCUUCGAGCGGCUAGAUGGAAAGUGGAAAGUUACGAUCAUCCAGAGUCUGAAUUAACAUUUAAAGGUCGUGGGACACAUGAGUUUGAUCGAAAUCUUUUUCUCAUGGCAUAUGAAACGGGAUUUAGUAUGCAGAAUAUGGGAGAAGUUAUUAAAGGAAUGCCGGAAAACCGUUUUGAUGUUUGGUGUCAAUCAAGAGGAGAUGUUUACUUUGAACGACGACUGCGAGUGUUAAUGCAAUCCGUAACGAAAGAGUGGGAGAAACCAAAUGGGGAUGCGGGGGAACCUGUAUUACGACGAAGGAAACUGGAACUUUCUGAAAAUGGAUUUAAAAAAUGA